UUUAAUUAAUGAUAAAAAUUAUGAAAUCUCAAAAUAUAUGCGCAUUUUUUAAAAAUAUUGCUAAGAAAAAAAAGUUUUAUUUAAGAUGCUAAUUGUCUCGCGAAAAGAUCGUGUGUAUACCUGUGACAAAAAGAGAUUAUUACAGUUAAAAGACGAGAUUGUUUUAUACAUAUCUAUAUCUCUUCACGUAAUCGCAUUUACAAUGAUUAGGAACACGGAAUAUCGCUUAUGAACGCGACGCAACGCUCGUGCGCGAUGCUCGGCGCGGCGAACGUAGCAGGAAAUAUUUUCGAGCGCCAUCUUGCGCCAUCUUGCAACCAUAGUAAUUCGUCAGUGCCUGUGAAUGGACUUGUCAUAAGUGUCUUAUAUUAUUUCGUCUCUCCCCGAUCGGUCCGAAAGUUCCGCAUCUCAAAAUUUCCGAGUGAUACCAACACGCACGUAAGAAGAGCAGUACAAUUUGUUAAAGGAAGGUGUACAUCUUUACCUCCAUCAAAUCCAGGCUUUUGUUGUGAUUCGGAGUAUUUGGAAGUUUUCUAUAUUUCUGGGCAAGCCUUCAUCAACAACACCAGCGAUAUUUCAUUAGUCAAGAAUGGCAAUGCAGAAGAUGAGAAGACAAGGUCAAGACGUUAUGCAGGUGAAUCUAGCAGGUAUUAGGCGAGAUAUUAUGAAUCUUGCCCAUAAUUACAGCAACGCUCAGAAAGCUGUACGAAAAGCUACCAGCAAUGAUCCUUGGGGUCCAAGUAGUACACUUAUGGCAGAAAUUGCCGACUUAACAUACAAUGUUGUAGCAUUUACGGAAAUUAUGCAAAUGCUAUGGAAAAGAUUAAAUGAUCAUGGGAAAAACUGGCGACACGUAUAUAAAGCUCUAGUUCUCUUAGAAUAUCUUAUUAAGACGGGAAGUGAAAAGGUAGCGCAGCAGUGCAAAGAGAAUAUUUUUGCCAUCCAAACCUUAAAAGAUUUUCAAUACAUGGAUGGGCAUAAAGAUCAAGGAAUUAACGUGAGGGAAAAAGCAAAACAAUUAGUGGCCUUAUUAAAAGAUGACGAGAGAUUGAGAAAUGAGCGAGCUAGAGCAUUGAAAGCAAAAGAGAGGUUUGCACAAUCAGUUAGUGGCUUUGGAAGUGAUGGUUUAGACACCAUGUCACCUGUUAGCAGUGAUUUUCAAGAUUGGGAGCCUUGUCACUUAUCCGAAUUAUCGACCAGACGUGCAACGGAAAUGGAAGCCGCACGACCGCAAACAGUAGGCGAAGAAGAGUUACAACUACAGCUGGCCUUGGCUAUGUCUAGAGAAGAAGCGGAACAAGAGGAGCAAAGAAGACGCAGUGACGAUGUUAGAUUGCAGUUAGCGCUCAGUCAGAGUCAGCAAGAUUUUAAAACUCCGCAAACUGAAAAACAAAGUCAUAUGCUUGAUUUACUCGAUGUAAAUCUAGGAGAAGCGAGCGGCUCUUCAGUACAAACUGAUCCUUGGGGUAUCCCGGUGACACCACCUAGACCACAGCCGCAGAACGAUCCGUGGAGUGUUCCAACAACGAGUACCACGUCACCUACGGUAGACCCGUGGACGCCCGUUCCUCCACAACGACCAAGAUCUUCAGCGGCCACUAUCGAUCCAUGGCGUGCACCUGCUCCGUCUCCUGCUACGGUCGUGUCUCCUCCUCGUAUAAGCGACCCUUGGUCACCAGUAUUCGCUGCUGCUACUACUGAAUCGGAGGCAAGCAAAGUGCAGACGGCUCAAGAUGAUAUAACAUCCUCGUCGCCAUCUUUUAACAAUUCAACCUUGACACAGAAUAUUGGCUUUGCCGCGCAAUCGCCUCAGAAUAUAGGAUUCAAUUUGCCACCGGUGUCUUCGGUUACCACCUUUAGCACUACUACCAACGGUUUUAACGGCACAGGACUAGGCUUUAACAAUUUUUCCACUCAAAAUAAUAGUAAUGCCGCCGCGACGAGUCCGCUUAGCGAUUUAGACGAAUUUGAUGUGAUCACCAACAGGGGAAAACUCGGAGCUAGUCCACAGACGGUUAAUAAUGGUGGUACAACAUCGGGAGAUCCUUUUGAUCUGGAAAGCAUGGCUGAGAAUCUUACUGCUAGUACCGGUGCUGUAAAGAAGACACCACAAUCCUUUUUAGGAGAGAACUCGGCGCUCGUCAAUUUAGAUAACCUUGUCAGCGCUUCAACAAUUAAGCCUACGGCUCCCACGCCUGCAGCAACUAUGUCAUAUGCAGCAAAUCCGUUUGCAACUGUGACUCCACCACCCCGUCCUACAAUCAAUCAGAUUCGACAGGAUCCAUGGACAGCGAAUACAACUUCUGUGGCUAAUCCGUUCCUCUCGUAGCCUGAUCGAUCAAUCGAAAGCUUCAUAGUUAUUGCGAUUUACGAGAUGUGGUUUGCAAUUCUGCAUGUAACUCUGUACGGUAUAGAUUUCGGUUACAACGGUAAAACAUGAUUUUAAUUAUAGCAAUUAUGCAUGGAGAGAAUAAGAUCGAUGUGAGAUGGAGAAAAUAUCCUUAUCAAUGAAUAUUUUAUUGAUAGCUUAAAGCAUUACUUUUUGAUGGAUUAUAUUGCAACACACUUAUAUUGGUUGUACAAGUUUUUUUCUUUUUGCAUGUACUCGCUUUUUAAAGUUUAUCAUGAAGUAAUCACCUAAACAACACUAACUAGUAGAAUGUGGCGUACGCAUAAUUAAGAGAAUUGGGUGAUUAAAAGAGAUGUAACACAUAAAUCAUGUUUUAACUCAAAACGCUUAAGCGAUUCCAAGGUAUGACUGGAUUUUAUAUAUACACUCCUUUCUCUAUAUAAUAUAUAUUUUCUAUGUAUGAAUUGAUUCAGAGGAAGAUUGCUCAGCAAUACUGCUUUUGCUGCUGAGGAAAGAAUGUAACAUAACGCUGGCGUUGAGAUCAGUUUAUGCGUUUUAUAUUUGUACACACGUUUUCUAUAGUAAAAAAACAAACAACAAAACGAGAUCGUGAGACUGUAAUCGUGAUUUGCAAAAGCACUAUUAUGUAUCGGACAUAAUUCCGUUCGCCGUUAUACGCUUAAGAUGUGUCGAUUAUGAUCUAUAAAAAAUUCAAUGUUAUGGCUUGCUUUCUAAAAAAAGAAUCCAUAAUUCAAAAGGCAGCUAGUAUGUUGCAAAGUGUAUGCCAAUUCCUUACAUAGCCAAUCAUAUACUGUAUAGUCAAUCAUUUCUAUGAAUGACUUACUGCGACCUAUGACACACCAAGGCACUUUUAAACGAAAAUGCAACUAUGAAAGUAGCAUUCACGCUAACGACACGAGUACUAAGGGAAUAAACUGUAUUAUUUUUAUUAUCUCUUGACUCUGGAUUUUAAUCGAUCAUAAAGCAUGUUUUGUGCAGAUUUGGCAUAGCUGAAAAAUCAAAUUCACGAAACGAUAAUAAGUGUGUCUAUUCGAAAAUCAUUGAUAUCUAAAUGAAUUGAAAUAACAAUGCGUUAUUUCUAAUCUAAAGUUAUUUGCAAUUUAACCAUUUGCAUCAAUAAUUAAAAUUAUUUAAAAAUGAAAUUAUUUGUAAGAUAAAUUUAUAACAAGUUUACAAGAUGUUCUUGCCUAUUUGCUAUCAUGUUUUUUUUAAACACGAAUGACUCGAAAAUACGAAUCUUUCUUUAUGUAUAAGACAAGUUAUAGACGUAUCUUGAUUUAUAUAGGAAAUGUACAUAAUAUUACACAGCAUAUCGCUUCCCCUUUGUCAAAUGUUUGUAGCGCUCUUAACAGAUGCAUGGAAAAUUUUUAAUGAUAUUUAAAA